GUGUCGGGAGCGCGCCGUCCCCGCGCACAGUCAGUCCGGAUCUGCUGCUGCUGCGCGCGCGCGCCGGGGCUGAAACGCAACACCGAAUGGGCGCGUGCUGACCGGUGAAAGGGAAUAAACCGCAGCGGCUCGUGCUGAGGGACCUGCAGGACACCGGGGAGGCGAGGAGGCGCUUCUGCAGCGCUGCUGUCUGCCUUCAACACCGGCCUCCCAGCGCUCUCUCUCUCUCUCCCUCUCUCUCUCUCUCUCCCUCUCUCUCUCUCUCUCUCUCUCUCUCUCUCUCCCCGUGAUCCGGUGUGCGCGCGGGCAGCCAUGGCGGAGCGCAGCUCGAGCGGUUUGAUGAUGAUGAUGAUGAUGGUGGAGCCGAGCCUCCCAGCGGAGGUGCGCGAGAAGCUGGCGGAGCUCGAGCUCGAGCUCUCUGAAGGAGACAUCACACAGAAAGGCUAUGAGAAGAAGAGAGGCAAGCUGCUGGCACCCUACAUACCACAGAUACAAGGUGUCGAUCCCUCUCUGCAGACGGAUCCCCGAAUCCCAGCAUCCUCUCAGGCGCCUCCUCUGACGUCCAAACAGAACAAACCCAGAGCAGCCAACUCACGGGACGAGCGGUUCAGAUCUGACCUACACACAGAAGCAGUGCAAGCAGCGUUAGCAAAAUACAAAGAGAGAAAAAUGCCAAUGCCCUCAAAGAGACGGUCUGUUCUGGUCCAGUCCUCUGUGGAAGCCUGCACACCGCCUGACACAUCCUCAGCAUCAGAGGAUGAAGGACGGAUGGCGUCAUCAUCACCGUUCCAGGCACCAAAUCCAAAUGUGGAACACUGGUUCAACCGCGUCAUCCAUCACCACUGCUCAUCCACUUCCUCCUCCGCCUCCUCCACUUCAUCAUACCCAGGUGGGCGGAGCCAGCACAGCACUAACUCCGCCUCAAACUCUGCCACAGCUGCUACUGUUCUGGCUGACGUCAUGGCUCACACACAGCUUGAUAACCACUGUGCUCCUCCGGAUGUGACCGGGCUGUCUGAGCGUUCACAGGUCGCCUCGGUGAGAGGUCUUCCCCGCGGAUACACGCACACACACACCAGCAGCGCUAUGGACACGGCUGACGGUGUCCCCGUGAACAGUCGUGUUUCGUCUAAAAUCCAGCAGCUCUUGAACACACUGAAGAGACCCAAGCGGCCGCCGCUGUGCGAGUUCUUCGUGGACGAUUUCGAGGAGCUCCUGGAUGUCCAGCAGCCGGAUCCCAACCAGCCCAAACCGGAAGGUGUCCAGAUGACUCCUCUGCAUGGUGAGCUGUUAGACGUGGGGACAAAAUGGCCGCUGUCUCUCUUGGCCUCUCUGCAGCGAUGGGGCACGACACACCCUAAAAGCCCCUGUCUCACAUCACUGGACAACACGGGCAAACCUCUCUACACCCUCACAUACGGGAAGUUAUGGACACGCAGUCAGAAACUAGCAUACACACUCCUGAACAAACUCAGCUCCCGGAACGAACCACUGCUGCGGCCUGGGGACAGGGUCGCCCUCGUUUUCCCAAACAACGACCCCGUGAUGUUCAUGGUGGCAUUUUACGGCUGUCUGUUGGCAGAGUUAGUGCCUGUGCCCAUAGAGGUGCCACUUACACGAAAGGAUGCAGGCAGUCAGCAGAUCGGGUUUCUCUUAGGCAGCUGUGGUGUGACUCUGGCUUUAACUACUGAUGUGUGUCAGAAAGGCCUUCCUAAAGCUCACACUGGAGAGGUGGCCACGUUUAAAGGCUGGCCCCGUUUGCUGUGGUUUGUUACUGAUGGGAAACAUGUUGUGAAACCUCCUAAAGACUGGAAUCCUCCAAUCAGAGACAGCAGCAAUGAGACAGCCUACAUCGAGUAUAAGACGAGUAAGGAAGGCAGUACGAUGGGCAUCACUGUGUCACACUCUGCCAUGUUGGCUCACUGCCAUGCGCUGACGCAGGCCUGCGUGUACACCGAGGGUGAGACCAUUACUAAUGUUCUGGACUUUAAACGUGACGCAGGUCUUUGGCAUGGCGUCCUCACGAGUGUGAUGAACCGGAUGCAUGUGAUCAGCAUCCCAUAUUCCCUGAUGAAGGUCAACCCUUUGAGCUGGAUCCAAAAAGUACACACCUAUAAAGCACGCGUUGCUGUGGUGAAGUCGAGGGACAUGCACUGGUCACUGCUGUCUCAGAGAGAUCAGAGAGAUGUCAGUCUGAGCUCAUUACGCAUGCUGAUUGUGGCAGACGGAGCCAAUCCUUGGUCGAUCUCCUCCUGCGAUGCUUUCUUGAACGCUUUUCAGGCUCGAGGUUUGAGGCCUGAGGUGAUUUGUCCGUGUGCCAGCUCAGCCGAGGCUCUGACUGUCGCCAUCCGCAGGCCUCCGGAAAUGGGAGUCCCUCCUCCAGGGAAAGCGGUUCUGUCCAUGAGCAGUUUGAGUCACGGAGUGAUCCGAGUCGACACGGAGGAGAAACUGGCCGUGCUCACGCUGCAGGAUGUAGGACAAGUGAUGCCUGGAGCGCUGGUGUGUGUGGUGCGACCAGAAGGAACGCCAUACCUCUGCAGGACGGACGAGGUGGGUGAGAUCUGUGUGAGCUCCUGCACGACGGGUGUUUCCUAUUACGGCCUCCCUGGCAUCACCAAGAACGUGUUUGAGACGAUUCCAGUGACUGCGUCUGGUUCUCCUGUCAGUGAUCGACCGUUCACUCGCACCUCGUUGCUCGGCUUCAUCGGACCGGACGACCUACUGUUUGUCGUAGGGAAGAUGGACGGGCUGAUGGUGGUCAGUGGGAGGAGACAUAACGCUGAUGAUGUUGUGGCGACUGCACUGGCGGUGGAGCCAAUGAAAUUCGUUUACAGAGGACGGAUUGCUGUGUUUUCUGUGUGUGUACUCCAUGAUGAGAGGAUCGUUGUGGUAGCCGAACAGAGACCAGACGCCUCUGAGGAGGACAGCUUUCAGUGGAUGAGUCGAGUUCUGCAGGCGAUAGACAGUAUCCAUCAGGUGGGUGUGUACUGCCUGGCGCUGGUUCCUGCUAACACACUCCCCAAAGCAGCACUCGGUGGGAUUCAUGUGUCUGAGACGAAGCAGCGUUUUCUGGAGGGAGCUCUGCACCCCUGCACCGUGCUCAUGAGCCCUCACACCUGCAUCACCAACCUGCCCAAACCCCGCCAGAAACAACCAGAGGUGGGUCCUGCCUCCAUGAUUGUGGGGAACCUGGUUGCUGGGAAGCGAAUCGCACAGGCCUGUGGGAGAGACGUGACUCAGUUGGAGGAUCACGAUCAGUUUCUGUACAUGCAGGAUGUUUUGCAGUGGAGAGCUCAGGCCACGCCCGAUCACCCACUAUUCCUGCUGCUCAAUGCCAAGGGUGCCGUGGCGAGCAGUGCGUCCUGUGUGCAGCUCCAUAAGCGUGCUGAACGUGUCGCUGUGGCUCUCAUGGAGCGUGGCAGACUCAACCCAGGAGAUCACGUCGCACUUGUUUACCCACCCGGCAUCGACUUGAUUGCUACGUUUUACGGCUGUCUGUACGCCGGCUGUGUUCCAGUAACGGUUCGCCCCCCUCACCCACAGAAUCUGGCCACAACACUACCCACCGUCAAGAUGAUUGUCGAGGUCAGUAAAUCGGUGUGUAUCCUGACCACACAAGCAAUAAUGAAGCUCCUGAAAUCCAAAGAAGCCUCAACUGCCGUGGAUGUAAAAACGUGGCCGAUGGUACUAGACACAGAUGAUCUGCCCAGGAAGAAACUCCCACAGAUCUACAAGCCGCCGACGCCGGAGAUGCUCGCGUACCUGGACUUCAGUGUGUCCACUACAGGCAUACUUGCUGGAGUGAAGAUGUCUCAUGCUGCUACCAGUGCCUUGUGUCGCUCCAUAAAGCUGCAGUGUGAGUUGUACCCUUCACGACAGAUCGCCAUCUGCUUGGACCCUUACUGUGGCCUCGGCUUCGCUCUCUGGUGCCUCUGCAGUGUAUACUCGGGGCACCAGUCUGUUCUAGUCCCUCCUCUGGAGUUGGAGAGUAACGUGUCAGUGUGGCUCUCGGCUGUGAGUCAGUAUAAAGUACGUGUCACUUUCUGCUCUUACUCAGUGAUGGAGAUGUGCACUAAAGGCCUGGGCUCUCAGACUGAAGCUCUGCGGUUACGAAACAUCAACCUGUCAUGCGUGCGCACCUGCAUGGUGGUGGCCGAGGAGAGACCGCGCAUCGCUCUCACUCAGUCUUUCUCCAAGAUCUUUAAGGACCUGGGUCUCUCGCCUCGAGCUGUCAGCACCACCUUCGGCUGCAGAGUCAACGUGGCCGUCUGCCUUCAGCCCAACAGACUGGGCAACCUGGCUGAUCAGGGUACAGCUGGUCCUGAUCCCACCACUGUUUAUGUGGACAUGAGAGCACUUCGACAUGACAGAGUGCGGCUGGUUGAAAGAGGCUCACCACACAGUCUGCCUCUGAUGGAGUCAGGGAAGAUCCUGCCUGGUGUAAAAGUAAUCAUUGCUCACACAGAGACUAAAGGGCCGCUUGGAGACUCUCAUCUUGGAGAGAUCUGGGUUAGCAGCCCCCACAAUGCCACAGGAUAUUACACGGUUUACGGUGAGGAGGCGCUGCACGCUGAUCACUUCUGCACCAAGCUGAGUUUUGGUGACACACAAACCGUAUGGGCGCGGACGGGAUACCUGGGCUUUCUGCGCAGAACUGAACUCACCGACGCCAGCGGAGAACGUCAUGAUGCCCUGUACGUAGUAGGAUCACUGGAUGAGACGCUGGAGCUCAGAGGGAUGCGCUAUCACCCCAUCGAUAUUGAAACCUCUGUCAUCAGAUCACACAAGAGCAUCGCUGAGUGCGCUGUGUUUACGUGGACUAACCUGCUCGUGGUGGUGGUGGAGCUGGAAGGCUUGGAGCAGGAGGCUCUGGAUCUCGUUCCCCUCAUCACUAACGUAGUUCUGGAGGAGCACUACUUGAUCGUGGGCGUGGUGGUGGUGGUCGACCCUGGCGUCAUUCCCAUCAACUCUCGCGGGGAGAAACAGCGAAUGCACCUGCGGGACGGCUUCCUCGCCGAUCAGCUCGACCCCAUUUACGUGGCCUACAACAUGUGAAACCAGGAAAAAAAAACAGAAAGAAAGUGAGACAGGAACUGAGAUGGUUUCUCCUUCUGCACAUCUUCAUGAUGAAUGAACAUGAUGGAACUAUGCAGUGUGUGUGUGUGUUUUCCUCUAAGGAAGACCAUUACAAUGCCUCUGAUACAAAACAGUGUCUCCCCAUUUCAUAACUGACUGCAUACCAUGUUGGUUUUGUCGACAUUUCAAAUAUCAGGUUAAAGGAAUAUUAAAAUAUGUAUAAUUUUCCUUUCAGGUUAUAUGUAGUUAAUCAGUUUGUGGUUUUUUUUUUUUUUUGCAAUGGAUCUAUGAAGCCAAUGUGGUAAACAAAUAAUGGAAGUCUAUCUCACCCAAAACCAUACCUAGUUGUCAUAAUAGUGAUUGGCUAUGUAAUCUCCAUCCAUCCAUCCGUCCGUCGUACAUACUGCUUAUCCUACUCAGGGUUAUGGGUGAGCUGGAGCCAAUCCCAGCUGCCAUUGGGCAAGAGGCGGGGUACACCCUGAAUCCUGGAGCUAACGCAGAAACAAGACUGUCAAUGAUGGCGUAGCUCACUCUGGCCCCGUCUCUUCCAGAAGGAACCAGUGUUGUAGUUGAGUCACUAAACCUCGAGUCCGAGUCCAGUCUCGAGUCCCCAGUGUUCAAGUCUGAGUCAAGUCCAAGUCAUUAAAAAAAAUUUCGAGUCAAGUCCGGGUCCAAGACUCCAUCCGCACCAUUUGACGGUGGCUGUUUUAGCGCCAUUAACAUUAGUUUGUUCCUGAACACGCCGUAUGAACAGAUGAAUGUGCUUCUCUUUAUCAGGGAGUGUGAAGUAUUCUAUCAGAGAUGGUUGGGAGACGGAUGUAAGUGCAGAAGGUGUGUUUAUUAAUACAAGUGAAGACGGUAAACAAUCCAGAACGGCAGGAAAAAUCGUAAAACGGUGAAACAGGCGAUAGGUCGAGCGAGACACAAACAGGCUAUCGUAGACUCGGCAGAAUCAAAGACGAGAAACAGGAAAUCAGGGAUCAGGAAACCAAACAAGGAAAUAAGGCUCGGUAAUGUAUCAGCAAUGCAACUCAAUACUUCGCAAAGUAAGUGACUGUGAAAAGUUCACAGUUUUUAUAUCUGUGCGCUGAUUGCGCCUUAAUCCUGUGCAGGUGCGAGUCAUUUAUGGCGUGCAGGUGUGACACUCUUGCACGAAAUUAUUACAAACAUUUAUGUAGAUAUAAAUAUAAAUAUCUUAAGCCAAAUUAUUAUGGCAUGUUACAAAAAAUAAAGAAAAAAUAUGAGUCUGAAUGUCCGAGUCCAAGUCAAGUCACGAGUCCUUAAAAUUAGAGCGCAAGUCCUGGACUCGAGCACUACAAGCCUGGAAGGAACGAUCUAAAGUGGGCCACCUCGCACAAUAAAUGAUGCAAGCUAUAUACACUAUAUACAAGCUACAGUAUAUAUAGAAGCGAUAGCCAUCCUAGGAAUACCGACCUGUUUACCAGAAAGAAUCCAAAACGGCGAGGAAUUGAUGGAGAAGAAGUGAUUUUUGUUGAACUGCUUAAGGUGUUAAGGUUUAAUUAGUCCAUAACUUCAUUAAUAAUUGUAAUGAAGCAAAUCUGGGUAGAAGUUAUAUGCACCCUAGGUACCCCUACCUUCAUGCCAGAAAGAAUCAAAAGUCGGUGAAGAAUUGAUGGAGAAGAAGUGAUUUCCGUGAAAUGUGGACGACACUGGACGGAUGACGGAUGGACGACGGACAACACAUGAUGGCAUAAACUCAUCACCUGUUGGCUGGAUGAGCUAAAAAGCAACCAUUCACACUCAUAGCCAAUUUCGAGCAGCCAGUUGACCUAAUCCAUAUUUCUUCGGACUGUUGGAGUAAACUGGAGCAUCUAGAGUGAACUGGUUCAAACCCAGAACCUGCUUGCUGCGAGGCGACAGCACUAUCCACUGCACCGCCAUGCCACCCUGUGUAAUCUCAAUUUAAGUUAAAAAAAAACCAAAAACUAUAAUGAAAUGCAGUUUACGACAACCGUACCUCAACAGUACCUUCAUAUGUUGAGAGAAAGGGUAUACAGGGGGUGGAACGAUACUCAACUGCACUUACAAAAAUAUUGUAAUUCGAUUUGCCCAAGAUGGCCGCCACCUAUAAUGUGACAUAUUGUUUACAGAUUACAGUCAGGGACAAAUGGAGUAAUGGUCGAGACAACUUCAUCCCUUCAUGUAUUUCAAGAUAAAUAACAAUAGGUGCCACAUUUCGCUACGUUUCUUUGUUUCUGUUAACAAAUGGCUUGAAGUGGAUUUUCUUUUACUUUGGUGGAAACAAAAACAACAUUGGUGACUUUAACAGAAAAUUGGCAUGAACGGUGGUACGUUUCAGUGAGUAUUUGCGUUUGUGUGUAUGCAUCAUACUUUUACGGCUAUGUCUAUACAAUGAGAAGCCAUGCUACAAGACUCUACCUUCAUGGUUUCGUAAUCGUAACAAUAAGUUACUGAUAAAAGAAAUUUUAAAUUUCGCAAUCAUUUUCCCAGCCAGCUCUGACACGGCGUCCUAAACCACAUCAACAAAUCUGUGUGACGAACAGAACUGGAUGUGGUUUGAGGCAGAUAUUAUUUAUGCAAAUGAUUGAGGGUGAAAUAGACUUUCUUUCUAUGACUCGUCAGCUCCAUUAGCCUGGUAUUGGAAAAGUGAAACUUCAGACACCAAACAUGUCUUGGCUGACUGCAUUUCAUUUUUAAUGAAUGAUUCCAUUAAUGUGUGCUUAGGGUUUGUUUUGUAGUCUGGAGGAAGCAACAGCGAGAGCCACAAACACAACGCAGCCCAAUUGUUAAUGCUGAUCUUCAUAUUCAGUUCAAUCCCAGAUCAGCACUUUGCUCAAACUGUCACUCUGAGGCUACAUCCACACGACAACGGCAACGAAAUGUUAUUUAAAAAAAUAUCGCGUCCAAAUGGGCAACGAUCAGUAAAAUAUCAGGUCCAUAUGGCAACGCAACGCUUGCUGAAAACGAUGCAAUACACAUGCCACACCUCUAGGGGCGCUGUAAGACGGUCCCUUCGGAGACACCAGAACAAUAGAAGAAGUAAGGACGCAUGCGCAUAAACUAUUAUGCGCGAGACUUCAUAUUAGCCACAAAGUCAGGAAAAUCUGUUCGUAAAAUUACGUUAUAAUGACCAAAUACAAUGAAAAGUAUUUUUCCAGUCUCACCUGUGAAAGGUAAUCCCAUGUGAUCUCGUUUGGACGGUAAACCUGUUGGUACAGUUAAACGCAGCACAUGAAUGAGGCAUCUUUAUUCUCCGCUUUGACCUAUCCAAUAUGGCGGCGAGGAUGACGUAUGAUUCUACGCGGAAGGCGGCGUCUUUAAUGGUCCGGAAUAAAUUGAAUGCUACACGUUGAUGGAUCAAUUUGUUGUUCUACGCCCUUUUUGAAGAAUGUAUUGUAGGACUUAAACCAACAUCUGAAGAGGUGAGAUCGCUCCUUUUUUUCCCUAUUUUUGCUGGCGGGAUUGACUCUGCUCUAAGGGCUAUUCUCUCUCUCUCACUUUGCACCAUUACGCAAUAAAUAUUCACAGUGAAAAUAUUUUGUAAGCGCGUUUCAUGAACCAAGUUAUAGGAUUUGUUGACAACUCGCAUCGAGUUCGUUACACUUCUACCCGGCGUGAAGCGCUCACAGUCAUGUGGUUGUGACGUCAUCGUAAACAAAUCCGUUCUACUCAUCCAGACGACUUCGCAACGGCAACGUUGCCAGAUCUUUCCACUCUGGAACCCGUUCUCAAAAGAUUGCAUUUUGGGCACCCAAAACGCCGGUGCCGUGUGGACGUCAGGCCUAAACGAUAAACAAUUGUAUCGGAUUCACCUGAAUCCGUUGCCGUGUGGACAGGGCCUGAGACUUUCCCAGUGCGUGAUAACAUGAAAAAGAAUCUUUUUUUUUUUUUUCAGCCAAAAGGAGACGUCUGCUACCACGAGGAAGCGUGAGAACACACUGCACUUCAGCUCUCUCAUAAAAUUACAUUACUGGCAUUUAGCAGACGCUCUUAUCCAGAGCGACAUACAGUACAACAUACCCAGAGAGGAAACAGAUGGGGGUUAGGUUCCUUGCUCAAGGGCACUUCAGCCAUUCCUGCUGGUGAUUCCAGGGAAUCAAACCAGCAACGUUUUGGUCCCAAAGCUGCUUCUCUAACCAUUAGGCCAUGGCUUCCCCCAUACACGACAUGGUUUCAUCAUAUUCCAACACACUGACCUGCUUCAAAUCUUUAAUAUGAUGUGAGAGAUUAUACAGUAAACCGGAAGUGCAAUAUGA